AUGGAAUUUCACACUACAACAGCUCAAACAAUUCGACGGCACAGACCCAUCAAAACCUUAUACGUGGCCAUCAGGGGUCGCGUCUUCUAUGUCACUGCCGGUAGGUCCUUCUACGAACCAGGUAAGGACUACAUCGUAUUCGCCGGCAAAGAUGCCAGCAGAGCUCUGGCCAAGAUGAGCAAGAACGAAGAGGAUGUUUGUGCCAAUCUCAAUGGACUCUCCAACAAAGAGAUCAGUGUGCUUAAUGACUUGGAAAAGAAGUUCGAAGCUAAGUACCCCAUUGUUGGAAAUCAAUUACAGGAGUAUGAGCAGAAAAUCUAUGGGCCAAUUGAGAACAGCAACCCCAGCUUGCCAAUCUUCUCAUCUGCAGGAAUGCCUUCCUUCAGCUUUGGGUUUUCAAAGCCUAAUGAUACAGUUCUUGUUCCUGCUUUCAACGGCCCUGGUGCUACGUUCAUCUUUGCCCGUCCCAUUUUAGACAUCCCUCCUCAAAGAGUUCACUUUUGGAGCUGGCCAGGCUCAGAGCUCCUCUGAAUCGUCUUUUGCCUCAAACCCCCCAAAUCCGCAUUGUGCUGAUAUUUCCAUGGAAUGAGGUCUAUCAUCUAUGUUUUUCAAGUAUGGCUGCUCUUUUUUUCAUCCUGUACUUUUUGUUUAUUGGAGUAUGGUUUCUGGUCGAGGACUUGGGGAUAACAAAUUUACUUUUCAAAAAG